AUGCCUUCUUCGGUCUCUGGGUCUGCGGGCUCGACCCCGCCAAGAGGGUCGGCAAUUCCCCGGCCACAGGUGUCGCCUCCACGGCCACAGGCUCGCUCAGCGGGGAUGGCAGAGAGACCAUCUCGAAAUGAGAACCUUUCAGACCUUGUGCGCUUCUUUCAAAGCACUCAAAAUGCGCCUACACCGGGCCCUUCCUCCAUAAAAACACCUACCUCGCCGGAUAGCACUACAGCGUUGCCUGUCGUAACUGAAUCUAUGGAGCUAAAGGGAACCCAAUCAGGAAUGGCAAAGGAAGUGAAACCACUACAUCGCCGCCUUUUGCAAUUCACUCAACGUCAGAAAAAGGAUCCAUCAUCCAAAUCCAAGGUGGAUGAUAACCAGCGCCAGAUCGAGGCCCUCCAAAGGGAGGGUUACCUCCUUGCAGCUCCAAAGCCCAAAAGCAACCAUUCGGCCAAAACCAGCAUCAGUUCGAAAAACAGCCUGGAAAGGACAUUCUCCAAGUCCAAGAAGCAGGACGUCGAGACCAUCGGACAGCCAUGGCUGGAGAACGAUACCAAAAAAGGGCCUUUCGAUUUCAAACGCCGUCUUGCCUCCCUGGAUCUCAGCGAUUUUGGCUCCAUGGUCGAUGUGGCUGUGUCGCUGUCAACGCAGUUCGAUGAUGCCUCGCCCCCGCCAUAUCAACCACCAUCUUCGAGUGGUGUCGCGUCUCGGAGUGGUCAGAAUGGCGCCUCACAAUCGUCACCGGCACUCCCUCUGGCAAGCUCCUCUUCACAUUCCCGCUCAGACAGUGAUAGACCAACGUCUCCACCCACGUCCACAGCUGGGACCCAGGGAAGUAUCUCACAGGAUGACCAUGGUCGACAACCACCCUGUGCAAGCAAUUCAAACAUGCGUAUCGUGGGCCCCGAUACCAAGCCUUCAAGUCAAGGCCCCAGCGUCAAGCCUGUCAGUGAGACUACACCGGCAGCUUCCAGUUCAUCUGCAAUGAGUAACUUGAAGUCUGACCAGUCUGCUGAACCUGCUGAGCAGUCUACCCAGGCUUCAGACAAAUCUACUUCAAGCUCAUGUGGAAGUCCUUCUUCACAGCCCUCAUUGAAGCUCUUCCCUGAUGUCGCACCGCCACGCAUGUCCAGCAAGAAUGCAUGGAGAAUUUCGUCGGUGCCUCAAUACCAACGGCCGCCUAAUCCGCUGUCAGUGACUAGCACAGAGUCUCCUGGGACUUUAGAUGCCAGGUCCGCAAAAUUGAAACAAUUGGAUGUCGCUUCGAGAACCUCACGAGACGAAGGAGAGCGACACUGCUCUGGGGCUACCGCAACGUCUGCAGUCUCUACAGAGUCUGCUACCGCUGAAAUCAGCAAUUCAAAGGUUUCCACACAGUUCAAGACCAAGGCUCGACCGCCGUCGCUGGCUAUGGGAACCCUCCAGGCCUUCCCUCUUCCAGCACCUACGAGGCCUUUGCCAUCGAUCCCAGAACCUGCGCAUGCACCCCCGGCUGUUCCAGAUGCCAAAGCUCAUGCAACUGUUCGCACCGUUCGCUCUACUCUCAAGGUCCCAGACAUUCAACCCUCGCACCCUUCGCGUAUCGCGGAGGAUCCUUCUGAGCCGGGGCCAGACGAGACCAAACCCAGUGAUCCUCCUAUAGAUACCCGUCCAGCAACUGCACUUGGGUACGUAGGCGAGGCAGAUUUGGAAGCCGACCAUGACAGUGUCAAAUCCAUUCACACUCCCGAACGUCCUAAAUCAACAUCGCCGGAGCAGAACACGCCACGGAGACGUGCUUCAAGCAUCCGUAUUCCACGGAUGGAGGAUUUGCCAGAAAGUCCUGGUCACAAUGAACCUGAAGGCUCACCCUUAGCCGACUCUCCUCUUCUGGGACAAAUGACUCCAGCAAAGGUUCAUGAAAAGCGUGCUACGCGUCAACCAUUACGAAUUGAUCCUCGCGUGGAUCGCAACAACCUUCCCUUCGGAUUGCCUUCGCCACCACCUACUGCAGUACUUCCCUCUGAUCCCCCGACACAACCCCUUCCUGAACGUCCUCAUGGGAAUCGCAACUAUAGUGCUCCCAUACCCGCGACUGUGCAUUAUGCAAAGGGCAUGGACGCCCACUUCGCUGCAGGUCACCACAGGGCCUCUAUGAUCUCCCGAAGCAACAGCUCUCAUAGCAGUCUGCGCCAUGAGAGCAUUCCCGAGUCCUCUGAGCCGAGUCGCUGCGAGUCUCCACUCCCGUCCUCGGAUGAUGAGGGCUUUGGUCCCGGUACCGAGAGCACACGGUCUCAUCGCAUGGCCGAGAAGCAACCCAGACGUGCUCACCCGCUACGCCGAGGUUACGAAACACUGGAUACACGUUCCAGCCACGGCCACCUUCGCUAUCCUCACUCAGUCCGGUCUCAAACACCCCAUGGCCGCAGCAGUCGCACUCUGGAAAAGAGCCCUAUGUCUCCCCAGUCUACUUACUCCCAAUCUAUAAAUCGCUCUCAUGACUCACACAGCGCCCAGCGCACUCAACCAAACGCCACCCAGAUGGCUCACUACCUCGAAGACCGAGUCGCCAACCUCGAACGCCAAAACCAAAUCCUCCAGGCAGCUCUGCUCGCCGCCCUCAACGCCGGCGUCAAGAAUCCCUUCGAGGGUCUGGGUGACUCUGCUCUACCCCCUGGCUUUGCUCAUCCAGGUCAUGCAAGUACGUAUCAGAGUCGGUUCACACCGCGUCCGGAGAGCUGGGUUAGCUCUUCGCAUAGCAGUGAGAAUGGUGGCUUUGAGACACCCGGGUCGUAUCGUGAGGGUCGGCCUCAUGUGCGACAGUUGGAUGGCAUGAUUGAGGAUAUCGAGGGUGGGGGAUGGAUGUCGGAUAAGUCGAGUAUGAGCGGUGCCCGGAUGGCGAGAAAUCAUUGA